UCCUCUGAGCUUAGUUGUGGACAGACAGCGGUAGCGAUAGGACGUACGCUGCUGGUGCCGAGUGCAGAACCCUCAAGAAAAAGAGGAGGGAGAAGACGAGAUAGAAAACGAAGGAAGAGAAGAAAGAAGAAGUUGGAAGAGUUACCGAGGAAGGAAGAAACAGAAGAGGCUGAAAGAGAUAUUGAGGAGGAAAAGACAUAAGAAAAGAAGGAAGGAAGAAACGAAGAGAUAGAAAAACGAAAGAAGGAAGAUAGAGAGAGAGAGAACAAGGGAAAGAAGAAGGAAGAAAAAACACGAGAGAAAUAAGAAAAGAAAACGAGAGAAGAAACCAACUUAGAGUAAAACGAAAAAGAAAAGAAAAAGGGCGCUAGAUUUGAAGGGGUAACUCAAGCUAACCUUUCAAAAUGUCUGCACUGCGUCCUGUGACUCUUGUGUUGGUGGUAGGGGCUACGUGCUGCCUAGGCUUUCAAGACCUCACCGAGAACCCGGAAACCCCACAAUACCUCGUAGUCCUAGACCACUUCGCUGAAAACAUCAAGAAAGUCAUAGAAGACAAGCUGGCCCCCAUAGAAAACAAACUCACUGAAGCACUGCAGAAAACGGAGGCUUUAGAGGGGAAACUACUGCAGAAAAUCGAGGACCUGAAGCUGAGUACAGACGGGAAAAUCGAGGACCUGAAGCUGAACACAGACGGGAAAAUCGAUAACCUGCAAAACGAUAUAACAACUGAAAUCAGAGAUGAGAGCAACCGUGUGGCGGAUAAGGUAUUUACGAAGGACGAGAUGGCGGAGGUGGUGAGGGAGGAGGCCGUGGAGUUGAAGGAGAGGUGUACAAACGCCCAGAGACUGACGGCACUCCAGAACAAUGUGUUGGAGGUGAAGGAAAUGCUGGAGGAGGUGAAGAAAGAGAAUGUGGAGAUGAAGAACGUUGGCCAGAACGUCUCGGAGGAGGUGAGAGGCGUAAAGGACUUCGUGGAGGUGAUGGCGCAGGAGGUGCAGGGGUUGGCCAUGACCUCCAAGAAUUUCUCCAGUACACUUGAAGACGUAUCGUACUCUGUCCAUCUAUUAACCGCUACGCCGCCACCACCACCACCUCAAGAAGAAGAAGAAGAAGAAGAAGAGCAAGCAACAGGCCCGGUCUAUCCCUGUGUGGACUCCGUUUUCAAAGGAACGGAAAAUCCUAAGGUCUGUCAAACGGCCGCCAGAUUCAACAAGUGUACGGUGCCCCUCGUCUCCUACCACUGCUGUCACACUUGUACCUCCCUCGGCCUGAUCCCGGAGAUGGGGGCGUGGAGGCACCUCAAUAUGACACGCCACGUUAAGCCCUUCCAAGUGAUCAGCGUGUUUGCCCCGUAGAGUGACUUGGGAGAGAAGGUGUAGUCACCCUCUAAAUUUUCCCGUUUUCUUUAUUAUAAGUUCUUGAGUCUGCCCUUUAACUCACUACGUUCUCUUUCUCUUCCGUCUUCUAUGAGUCAUGGGUCACUACAUUAUACACAUAUACCAAAUCGUAUUAAGAAGAAGAAGACACCAAAUCACCAACAUUGUAUAUAUUAGUGUACAUCGGUGAGUUUGUUGAAAUAUAGGUGAUGAUUUGGUUUAUGUGUAUGAUGUAGUGGCCCACGAGGAGGAUGAGAUAGGCGUGUGUGUAAUAGAAGGCGGAAGAGAAAGAAAACGGAGUGAGUUACAGGGCAGACUAAAGAAAUGAAGGUGAAGAAAACGGGAAGAUUUAGAGGGUCACUACAAAGGAGCGGACACCCAGAAAGGCGUUAAGGAAAGAGGAGACGGGACUGGUUGGUGUGUUCAGCGUCUGCUCGCUCGCGCUCACCAGCAUCAACUACACAAAUGUAACCACAAUUUAUACUCAUAUUAAACUAUUAGCACGAAC